AUGUCUCAAGUGGAGCGCGAUGAAGAUGAUGAAAUUGCAUGGCUCGAGUACCAGCUCUCGCGGUCAAAGAACCAGAAAGAGGGAGACGAUGUGGAUGAUCUAUUGGACGACUUGGACCAGUUUUAUUCAGAGCAGCCUGAUGACGCGGAGGGAGCGCUGGGCGAGGAAGCGGAAGAGGCUUCUGACGACGAUCAGGAGAUGAUGGACGAGGAAAGCUGGGACGAGGCACUCGACGACUUGGAAGCGGGUACCAUGGACGACGAUGACGACGCACUCGAGGAAGAAACCGAGUUGGACUCGGACGUGGAUGACGAGGAUGACGACGACGACGAGGAUAAAGACGUUGCUGUCGAGGAGCCACAGUCCUCAAGCCACGUUGCACCUCCUGAUCACGGCGCAUCAUCAGCACCUCAGGCCGUGCCACCCGAGUCGAGUGGCAGCCGAUAUGUGCCGCCGGCACUACGGCAAGCUGAAUCUAGUGCGAAUGUUUCACAGCAAAAGUUGCAGCGUCAUAUUAAUGGCCAGCUGAACCGUCUGGGUGAAGGCAAUGUCGACUCUAUUGUGUCGGAGCUCGAUGCACUCUACCGGUCCUAUGCGCGUGGCGAUGUUACGUCGGCGAUUGCGCGCCUCAUCCUCGAUACCAUCUCGGCCGGCACGAACUUAAGUGAGACGGUGAUUGUGUUGUAUGCGACACUCCUAGCUGCGCUGCACCGGCUGGUGGGUCCUGAGUUUGGUGCAUACGUUUUACAGGACGUGGUGACCCGCUUUCUCCAAGCCUAUGGCGCCUGGAUUGCACAGGCAAUGACGAGCGCAGCGGACGACGACGCCCAAGGCGCUCGCAGCCGUGUAUGUGUAAACCUUGCGACGCUUCUAGCGCAUCUUUUCAAUCUGCGGAUGCUGUCCGCAGGCAUUUUGCUCGACUGGGUUCGUCUGUGGCUCGGUCAGGGAUUCACCGCACUUGUGCCAGGUGUCCAAGGGCCCAAACCUAUUACAGAGCUGGACAUUGAGCUGAUUCUGCGUCUCGUGCAAGGCAGUGGCGCGCAACUACGCCGCAUGGAUGCUGACUCGCUCAAGGCCAUUGUCGAUGUCACCAAGCAAAGUCUCGACGAGGCGGCCGGCGACUCGCCUGUGGCGCACUCGAGUCGCGCGCGAUUCAUGCUCGAGGCGCUCGUGCACCUGCGGCAGAAGGGCAAGCAACUCACGCGCGAUCUGUCAGCGACCACCGAGCGGGUGCAGAAGAUGAACAAGUACCUGUCCUCGAUGGAGAAGCGGCACACGCUGCGCACCCAGUCUGCGUUGCAGGUCGGCCUGCACGAUCUUGAGGCAGCUGGACACCGCGGGCGCUGGUGGCUAGUAGGCGCGGCGUGGGCGGGGCACGAGGCGCCGGCGCCCAGCGCGGCGCCUGCGCCUGAGACGCCUGCUGCGCCCGAGGCCUCAUCGGACGACGAUGACAUUGACAUGCCGCAGCUGGCCCGCACGCAAGGCAUGAACACAGAUGCGCGACGCAUGAUCUUUUCCGCGCUCAUGUCGAGUUUGGACUACCAGGAUGCUGUGCGCAGUGUCAUGCAGCUCAAACUCAGCGACGUGCAGCGCCGCGAAGUCAUCCGCGUCCUCAUCCACUGUCUUGCGAACGAGCCCACCUUCAAUCCGUACUACGUGCUGAUCGGGCAGCAGCUCGCGCAAGAGCACCCGGGCAUGCGUGUCACGCUGCAGUAUGUGCUAUGGGAUUAUUUCCGCGACUUGGGCGAGUCGCGCGUGGGCGGCGCGCAUGUGGUGCAGGACGAGGAGAGCGACGUCGAUGAGUCGCUGGUCGACGAUCCCGUGCGCCUGCGCAAGCUCGUGCACCUCGCGCGUGCGUACGGCUACUGGGUGGCCACGGACAGUCUGAGCCUGAGCGUGCUCAAGCCCGUUGACUUUACGACGCUGCAUGGCCCCGCGACACUGUUUCUGCAGCACCUGCUCCUGCAGCUGCUCCUCGUUACGCAGACGCAGGCGCCGAUGCUCACGCCGCGCCUGCGCAUGCGCCUGGUGCGAGCGCCCGCUCCGCGCGACCGCGAGCGCCUCGAGCGUCUCGUGGUCAAGGGCACCAUGGGCCACCCUGGCCUCGCGCAAGGCCUGCUUGUCUUCUUGCGCCUGCACAUGGCGGACGCCCAGCUGGAGCGCCUGCUCGGCGGCGAAGACGCCGCGGUGCUCACGCGACUCGUGUGGGCGGUGCGCACGGCCACGGAGACACUGAGUGUAGGCGCUACGGCGGGUGUGUAG